CGUCUGCCGCUGCUGUGCGCAUGCGCGGUACGUAAAGCGCCGCUCUGAGGAAUAAAUAAGGGCAGGGAAACCGAACCGCAAUGGGACAACUCUAAUUUCGGUCCAAUUCGGCCUAAAAAUAUCCCGAAAUGGCUUUUAUCCUCGACGGGGUGUCAUCAGAAGGUUUUUAGAGGGCUUUGGGGAUCUGUUUGGCUACUGAAAGGGGCUGAGAAAGUUUAGAAGGAAACGAACUUCAAAGACGGUCGGUCAUGGAGGAUUUCGGUUCGGCGCUGGAGAAGAACGUGGCGGAUCUGACCGUGAUGGACGUCUACGAUAUCGCCGCGGUCGUGGGCCAGGAGUUCGAGCGCAUUAUCGAUCAGUACGGAUGCGAGGCUCUGUCCCGCCUCAUGCCCAAAGUGGUCCGUGUGCUGGAGAUCCUGGAGGUCCUGGUGAGCCGGAACAGCAUCAGUCCGGAGACCGAGGAGCUGCGCCUGGAGCUGGACCGGCUGCGGCUGGAGCGGAUGGACCGGCUGGAGAAGGAGAGGAAACAUAAGAAGGAGCUGGAGCUUGUGGAGGAUGUGUGGAGAGGAGAAGCCCAGGAUCUACUGUCCCAGAUCGCACAGCUGCAGGAGGAAAACAAAACGCUGCUCAACAACCUGUCCGUCAAAGAGUGUCCAAUGACGGAAGAGGAUAUACAGAAACAGGAAGGCAUGUCCGAGAGGGAACGGCAGGUGAUGAAGAAGCUGAAGGAAGUUGUAGAUAAACAGCGAGACGAGAUCCGCGCCAAAGACCGCGAGCUGACGCUCAAAAACGAGGACGUUGAAGCGCUCCAGCAACAGUUGAACCGGCUGAUGAAGAUCAACCAUGACCUGAGGCAUAAGAUCACGGUGGUGGAGGCCCAGGGUAAAGCGCUGAUCGAGCAGAAGGUGGAGCUCGAGGCGUCUGGUCAGGCACGGCAGCAGGAGCUGGGUAACCUGCGACAGGAAGUGACCCGUCUUAAGGAGCGACUUAAAGAGCAGGGCAAGUUCAGUGCUGAGACAGAGGAGCCUGUAGGACCACCUUCACCUGCACAGUCGUCUAAAGCGGCCCCUUCCUGGGGUCAGGAUUUAGCUUCUGAGCUCCUCGCUGGGGGCCUGGAGAUAGAGGAAGGUCCCCUCCAUUUCAUCCCCCACAUCGGGGCCCCAGGAGCCCUGACAGUUGACGGUGAGGAGGAGAAGGACGAUGAAGAGGCUGCGUUUUUAUGGGAGGCGCUGUGUGAUGACGACAUGUCCUCUAUAGAUCCAAAAGACCCGAACCGCCCGCGAUUUACCCUGCAAGAGCUGCGUGACGUCCUGCAUGAGCGCAAUGAGCUGAAAGCUAAAGUCUUCAUGCUACAAGAGGAAAUCGCAUAUUACAAAAGUGACGAACAGGAAGAGGAAACAGGCCUGCCGCUCCCAGACCCAUCUCCUACCCUCCGGCCAAGCUCGCGCUCCAACUUUCAGCCCGAGUCGGGGAUAAAACGACUGUUUAACUUCUUUUCCCGCGACAAAAACCGAGGCUCUCAGAGGAGGAUGCCACAGAUGGGUGACGGCUUCGGCUCGUGGGCGGGGAAAGAUGAUGUGUACACGGAACAGGCCCAGGAGGCAUUACAGCACAUGUAACGAACACAACGCUCCACUAACCGCUAACCUGCACCAUGUGACCGUAUGCCACGUUUACGCUCCCUUUCAUGGUCACUUUCACAGCACAACGUCUGCAAGCAGAUGAGACAAGAGCUCACAAAGGGAACAUGGGGGACGGGGCCGUUUAGAGUUACUGAUAGAUUGUGGCCCUCACCUUCGCCCAAAGAUACUGCGAGGGAGUUUUAUGUGCCUAUUUUGUUAAGAUAGUUAGACAUUUUAUUGCUAUUGCAAACGACAAGUUACUAUAAGUAGAUGACGCGGACGAAUAGAUUUCAGACAGUAUUCUGAUGACGUUUAAAGAGAAGAUGCCUUCAGUAGAUAAGAUUCAUAUCUAUUUUUAAUUCAAAUUGAAUUAUGAGUGAAAAUAUGCACAUGGCUGAAGAAAAAUGUGAGGUUUUAAUUUUUAGUUGCUACGCCCAGGCCAGAGAUUGUCUGAAAAGGAUGGUGGCAUUAUAUGUUGAAUUAUGUUUAAAACUUUUUUUGCACAGUAGCCUGAUUCUUUUGGCACACAGAAUUUAAAGAAAUAUCAAGUAUUCAUUCUAUUGACAUCCUUUAUGACAUGCUGUUAUCACAGAAAAUAAUUUCAACUUGUCCCUCAGUUUGUAACAACAAACAGACAUUGUAUUUACAGUAUCGUACUUGAUAUGGAGGUGUAUGGGGCAAAACAUUAAGAUCAGAGAAAUGUGCCCUUUUAUUAACUUUCAUGUUCAGAAAUGUUAUUUUUUGCAGUGUUUUGUAGGACGAGGAUACUUUACCAUUCAAUGUAAUGUAAAAACAGUCAUAUUGUGAAAUAUUAGUACAAUUUAAAAUGAAUAUAAUUUACUCCUGUGGUCAAAGCUGAAUUCUCAGCGUCAGUCUUCAGUGUCACACGAUCCUUAAGAAAAUAUUCUAAUAUGCUGAUUUGCUGCUCAAGAAACAUCUCUUAUCAAUGUUGACAACAUUUUGCUUCAAAACAGUUGCUUCAUGUGUUUGUGCAAAAAGUGAUAAAAACAUUUUCCAGCAUUUUUGAUGAAUAGAAACUUCUAAAGAACAGCAUCUAUUUGAAAUAGAAACAUUAUAAAUGACUUAUUUCUGAUUAAUUGAAUGCAUUGCUGGAUAAAAGCAUUAAUUUCCUUUUUAAAAAAAAUCUUGCUGACCCCAAACUUUGUAUUUGUGUAUCAAAACUGUGUGUAUAUUAACAUUUCUCCUAUUGAAAUGCCCUAUAUACUUCAUCACAUGAAUUAUUUUUUUUUUUACAAACUGAGUGGCAAAUCAGACGCAUUUUCAGUGGUAAUUGACAGCAUGUCACAGGUUCUGAAUUGAAGUCUUUAAACCCUGGAAUCAUGAAACAAAGCUUUACAUGCAUCAUUAAGUGUUUCUGCAGCACAUUAAGGCAGAACAAUAUUAAUUAUCCAUAGUUUACUAUUGGCAUCUGAAGUAUCUAUCACAUAGACAAAUGUCAUUCACCAGCGGUUUGCAUUGCUUGAAUGGUGCUUUCACUGGCAAUAAUAGAAGGUUUGAGAGAAAGCAUGGAAAUGCGUGACUAUGUUAAAGUGUGUUGAUAAAGGCAGCUUUGUGAGCUAGAAAAAUACAUGCCUGUGGGCCUUAAAUCAAUUGUUGAACAGCUAGUACUCCACUCAACUGAGAAUGUUAUCCAGCAACAAGAACUGGAUCAAAUGUAUCAUCAUGAAGGAUUAUGCAUAACUCAUCUCAUUGUGUAUUAAACUAUUUUAUACCAUG